AUGUCAGAGUUUGCGAAAAGGACAAAUGAGUUUGUUGAUUGGGUGCACACAAAUUUUCAGCUGAUAUCUUCUAAGGUGAAAGUUGUAGAUCUUCGAUCUAGAAGUCAAGGACGAGGACUUACUGCAGUGAAUGACAUUGCAGAGGGAGAAACACUGUUCGAAUUUACAAGGGAUAAAGUAAUUAAUGUUGAUUCGGCAGCGCUCACACAACUUAAUAAUGGAGAAAAUGAAAGCAUUUUAAUUGGUCUGGGUCAAUGGGAAGCGCUCAUCCUUUGUUUAGCAUAUGAACUAAUGCUUGGAGAGAAAUCAAAAUGGUACCCCUACUUGAAGAUACUUCCGCAAGAGGAGAAUCAAUUUACGACAUUAAUGUUCUGGAAGGAUGAAGAACUUGAAUAUUUGAGUCCAUCUUGUGUUUUAGAUCGUAUUGGAGAAGAUGCUGUCGAACAACUAUAUCAUAAACUGGUUCCUCAGUAUUGCACUAAAUUACACGUUCCAGAAAUGAUCAAAUUUUUGACUCUCAAGAAAUUCCGUGUCAUUGGAAGUCUUCUAAUGUCGUAUUCGUUUGAUGUGGACCAUGCGGAGGUUAUCACAGAGGAAGAAUACGAGAAUAAUUCUUCUAAUCAAGAUGAUAAAAUUGAAGCUGCUGAAGUAGAAAACAGACUUGGUGAGACCAAGGGGGGAGAAAGUGGCAGUGAUGAACAGGGUGAAGGGAAUGAUUCUGAAGAGUAUGAUCUGACCGAAUGCAUAAGGAAUGAUACAUAUCUGAAAUCCAUGGUGCCUCUAGCAGAUACACUCAAUGCAAAUACUAGGCUAGUAAAUGCUACCUUACAUUACGAUCAUGAAAAACUUGCCAUGAAAGCGAUCAAGAAUAUAAAGAAAGGAGAACAAAUUUAUAAUACCUAUGGCGAGCUUCCAAAUUCUGAAAUUUUGAGAAAAUACGGUUAUAUCGAGCUGCCAUCAUCCGCCGCUGAGUUUGUGGAUUUACCAUUGGACCUAAUAAUAGAUCACUAUAAGAUAGCUUUUUCAAAGGCUUUUCCAAAUAUAAAAAAUGCACCCGCUGUUGUUGAUAGAAUACUUGACAUGAUUAAGAAUUCGGAUUAUCUUGAGGAAACGCUUGUAGAUUCAGAUGGAGGAAUUGUGAUCGAUAAAUAUGAGAUUUAUGCAAAAGGUGAGCUUCUUCCUGAAUUUAUUUUGAUGCUACUAAUUUUCUCCACCCUUCUUGGUAGUUUCAAAAGUGAUUCGAAAUGGUUUAGGAGGCUGGUAAAGCAUUCCGAGAAAAGAGAAUUUGACAUUUUUGUUAAUCGCACAAUUGUGAAGUGCUACCAAUUACUGGAGGAAAGAUCAAUUGUUACAAAUUCAUUUAUGGAGGAUUUGAAAAAUAUUAUAAUCGGUGCAAUUAAUCGGUAUCCACAGAAUAUUCGUAAAGGGGAAUUUUAUUUUCCUGAAUCGUUUACCUUGAAACUCUCUAAGCAGGAUAUUGCAAACAUAAUUUUGUCAGAUGAGGUGACUUGUUUGAAGGACAUUCUUAAUGGUAGUUUUCCUCCUGUGAGUGAUACCACGGGCAAACCGAAAUACACAAUCAUUGAAGACGAAAAGUUACUUAAGAAUGUCCUGAAAAGAAAGUUACAAGAAGAUGAAAGGCGUUCACACAAAAGAAGAAGGGCAUAA